AAAAAAAUUUGACCUCUGUGAUGAAGAAACCUACGUAGCCACUUAAAACUAUUACCGAUUUGGGCGGAGGUAACGAAUACGUACACCACCCGUUAUCGGCAUAACAAAAACCCUAACCCUAAACAUUAAAUGCCGGGUGUACGUAUUCUUUACUUUCGCCCAGAUUUGUCUUAAAAACCGAAAGGCUAAUGUAAUCUAAGGUAAACUCUAUCAGGAAACAAUGACCUGAUGCACCUGGUUAGAUUUCUGUUGUUGUAACACUCUCUACUGAUUAGAGUUGAAUUCUUCCCCUAUGUUCAAUGUCACUUCCGCUAUGUCACCCGCUGCUAAAUCUUUAAACAUUUGUAGUUUUAUUGCUUUCUCUUUAAACUGCUUUAAUAAUAACAAAUUAAUUAACUGCUCUAGUUAAAAUAAAAGAUUGUUCAUAAGUCAAAAGGAAAUAGCUAUAUCUUGUAAGUGGUACCUGAAGGAAUUGGUUAAAUUUCUCGAUAUUCUCAUCAAUUUGCAAGUCUAGCUACUUCAACACUGCUCGCAUUAUUUAUCUUUUAACUACAUUAUUAUGUUAUCAGAUGACAUUGAAAUAAAAAUAUUUUACGAAACAUUAUCAACACAUUUAACAACUACAGGAAACUGAAAUUAACUUCAAGCUGAAGUCAGCAAGUAUCUACAAUUCUUGGCUGAAUGGGUGUGAAAAAUUGCAAGAAUUCUUUUACAAAUUUCUACCAGAAGAUUCUAUCUACUUAUUAAACAUUGGAGAUUUACCAUGAAGCUUUACUUCGCUCAUGUAAUGACUUUGAUAUCUAGAUAUGAUGGUUAACUAGAGAUAAAUAACCAUUUAGUUGUUGGUUUUUAAUGUCAAGGUUCCAUUCAAAUAAAUCCACUUGAAGUUCUUUCUUAAGACUGGAUACUGUUAGAGUUGAGCAAAGACAAUCAUACACAAACAAUAUAGAUUAAAAAGAAAAUAAUGGAUGAAAAAUCAGAACAUGAAACUACUGAGUCAUCUAAUCAAACACAGGAAAAUGCAGAAGUGAAACCACACCCUUGUGAUAAAUGUGGAAAGUUAUUCACUACAAGUAAUUUGUUGUCCUGCCAUAAAUGUGCUGAUGCAGGAAAAGAAAUUCACUCCUGUGAUAUCUGUGGUAAAAUAUUCUCAGAAAGUAGUUCUUUAGCUUCCCAUGAGUGUAUUCCCACAGGUGAGAAACCAUACCACUGUGAUAUUUGUGGUAAAUCAUUCUCUCAAAGUAGUAAUUUCUCUCGACACAAACAUAUUCAUACAGGAAGAAAACCAUACCACUGUGAUAUUUGUGGUAAAAAUUUCUCCCAGAAAGAUAGUUUCUCUCGACACAUACGUGUUCACACAGGAGAGAAACCAUACCAUUGUGAUGACUGCGGUAAAGCUUUUUCUGAGAAUGGUCACUUAGUUGCCCACAAACGCACUCACACCAGAGAGAAACCAUACCGUUGUGAUGUCUGUGGUAAGGCAUUCUCUGUAACCAGUAAUUUAGUGACCCAUAAACGUAUUCAUACAGGGGAAAAACCAUAUCAUUGUGAUGUCUGUGGCAAAUCAUUCUCCAUAUCUAGUACUUUAGCUUCCCAUAAACGCAUUCACACAGGAAAAAGACCGUAUUACUGUGAUAUUUGUGGUAAGACAUACUCUGGGAGUUUUGAGUUGACUCGUCACAAACGCAUUCACACAGAAGAGAGACCUUAUGACUGUGAUAUUUGUGGUAAAACAUGUUCCGGAAGCGCUAAUUUGUCUCGCCACGUUCGUAUUCACACAGGAGUAAGACCAUACCACUGUGAUAUUUGUGGUAAAACAUUCUCACAAAACAGUCAUUUUGCUCGACACAAACGUAUUCAUACAGGUGAAAAGCCAUACCACUGUGAUAUCUGUGAUGAAACAUUUUCUCGAAGUGAUAAUUUAACUAAACAUAAACGUACCCACACAGGAGAGAAACCAUAAAUGUACAAUAUCUCUAGUCAGAUGUUUUCUACAAAUUAUAUAUUUUAAAAUAAAUUAAUUUGUUUUUUUGGAUUUCAUCA